AUGGCCGAGGUUUCCAACUCCCUAAAAGUCCGGUUCGCGCAGGUGAGCCGUCAUUCCGACCCUGUCUCAGUGCACCAGGCCUUCGAGGAGUUGGCUCCAUUUGGUGAGAUCACACGGCUAGAGUUGCUGCCGGAGGAGCCCGACAGCGUGGUCGUCAGCUACUACGACAGUCAAAGCGCCCUUCGCGCUGCUCUACAUCUUGGUGAUGCCCGCUGCUACAUGGAGCAGCUGCAACGCGAGCAGUGCUAUGUCCAUCUUCCAAAGGAGGCAUCUGGAUGCUGCGUCGAGGAGAUCAGCAACUUGUAUGCCCAGUGCUGCGAUGGUCGGACGGCAGCAAACGUAGCACAGCAGUUUGGUGUCCGGGAGCAGAAGUCCAAGAUCAGAAAGGCCUAUGUUGCUCCAGCAGCAAAGCCUGACAAAGUGGUGUGGGCAAACUUGGACAAUGGCAAGGAGACCCGCACCACGCUGAGAAUCACUGGCGUGCCCGUCAAGUGCAAAGAAUCCAGGUUUCAUUUGUUCUUGGAAAACGCAGACUUGGCGGAGCACGUGGACAUCUUCCGCCUUUUCGCUGGCUCGCGCCGCCACUUCGGCACAGCUUUGGUCAACGCAGUUUCCCCCUUGGGAGUGAAGUUGCUGGCGAAGUUCUUCCAUGGACGGCAGUGGGGCGCAGCGGGUAGGAUCAUCCCUGCAGCCGCCCGCCUGACUCGGUUGGACUGCGAGCCGAGUAGAAACUCUGUCACGCUGCCCAGCGCCUCAGCGCAUGCCGGCCUUGACAGGUCAGCUUUGCAGCAACGCAGGGACGAGACGAGGCUGGAAAACGUGCUCAAGGACCAGGCGGAGCAGGGCCUCAGCAGUGAAGCAAAAGGUGCAUCGGAUGCCAGCUCCAAGAAGUGCGGAGGAGAGCUCGCUCACACCUUGGCUGGCGACAUGCCGGGGGUGUCCGAGGUCAGCACGGAGGAAGUGGCUGAUGAUCGACCGGUAGAGAGACGCUAUGCUGAAGACGCCACAAGGCGACUGGGCGAAGCUCGAGAUGCGGAGACCGCGGCGAUAGAGAUGCAAAGCAUGGAGGCCGGUCACUCCCGCGAGCUUCUGCCGGUGGUUUCUGCCGCUUCCUCGAGCGCAGCGCGACCCGGGGACGACAGGACCUGCUUCAUCUGCCUGCAGGACAGCGAGAAGGACAACCCUCUCGUCUCCUGCUGCUCGACAUGCUACGCCCGUACACACAGACGCUGUUGGCGCGAGUGGCGUAACAAUCAGCACCGUACCGCCUUGCGCUCUCACUUGCUUGGGCUUCGCAUCCAAACAAACCACAUGUUGCGCUGCACCAUCUGCAAAUCUGGAACUGCGAUGGUGGAAGGAGAAGAGAACGGCCUGUCGUGGAUGAACGAGCUCAUGUGUGGAGGAGAGCCCAGCGAAAACAGUUUGCUGGGGCGGCUUAUUGCCUUGGGAAACCGAAGAGAAGAUUCAGACGAGGAUCCAGAAGCGCAGCUGGAAGAUUUAAUUGACACGCGAACUUGCAUUGCUUUGGUCAUUUAUCUCGGUGUGCUCAUCGUGGCCAUCGUUGUGGCCUGCCUCCUGAUCGUCACCCGAGGGUUCUGGGCUGGUGACGUGGUCCUGUGCUGCAUUAUCGCGCUUUAUGAGCUCUCCGUUCUGCAGCUCGUCCUACUGGCGAUCCUCCGACGUCGGGACACAACCCUCCAAUCAGCUGGGACGAGGCAAGCAGCCGAAGAGCCCUCCGCAGCACGCGAAAUACAGCUCCAGACGCUUUCCGAGCCAAGCUGA